CAAGAACUUCAAGACUUCUUGUUUGAAUCCCCUAUCAACAACACUCAACCUUCCAAGACUGAAGAAUUUGACUUUGCCAAAGUGUGGCAAGGAUUGAAUGGUGAGUAUCAAGCAGUUUCGUCUGAAUUUGUUCAAGCAUGUAAACUGAUUGUCAUAAAAAAUGCUAUAGCCAAAUCAAUUGAAGAUAUGGAUCAAAAGCAAAGUGCUUUGUCUGCCUUUGUUGGCGACAUUACACCUGCUGCAGCUGCUGUUGCAGCUGCUGAUGAGUCUCCUAUGAUGGACACUCCCUUUUUAGACAAUUCAUGUAUGAACACACCUUUUACACCUGCUACUGUCUUCACUCCCAGCCUAGGACAAUUCCAAAACUCACCUUAUUAUUCACCUUACAUUGAAUCCUUUGGUGUGGGAAAUCUUUCUUAUCAAGACGAUAUUCAAGUAGCUAAAUACUUAAAAAACGAUAUUUCUUGGCAGCCCUCUACAAUGAUGUCUCAGACACCUUUAGUCUCUUCCACUGAUUUAUUGAAUUCUUUUGAAUUCAAUGGUGAACCCUCUCAGUUGUUAUUAGACUCUUCCAAUAAUAAUAUAUCAACUGAUGAGUCUUCUGACUUUCUCUUUCCUCCUCUCCCUUCUGAAAACAAUCAACAAGACACAACCUCCUAUUCCUUAAACACGAACUUCAAUUCACAAGAACUUGAUGCCACCAACUUGUUUGAUGAUUGCUUUUUCGACAUUCAAGAA